GGAUGGGGCCGGCGGGGGGCGGCGGCGGCGGGGUCGGUCCCUGUCCCUGUCCCUGACGGGCUCGGUGGUCGCCGGUGACGCCGCCAGGCAGCGAUGCGGGCCCCGGGCCCUGCCGGCAGCCGGCCCCCGCCGUGACCCGGUGGGGCUGCGCACGCCGGCCCCGCGGGGCGCAUGGAGGCACCCGCCGCCCUCUGCGAGGUGUGACUCCCCGGGGGACAGCGCGCCUCGGCCCCGCCAGGCGAGCGGCGCCGGGCCCCCCUCAGCGGCCGCGGCAGGAGCCGGGAGGGCUCGGGACCGACACCGGCAUCGCCCCCGUGGCCGGCACUGCCGCCUCCUGAGACAUGAAGAAGUUCUUCGACUCUCGCCGGGAGCAGGGCGGCUCCGGGCCCGGGUCGGGCACCAGCGGCGGCGGCGGCGGCAGCAGCGGCCCGGGCAGCGGCUACAUCGGCCGGGUCUUCAGCAUCGGCCGGCACCAGGUCACCGUGGACGAGGUGCUGGCGGAAGGCGGCUUUGCAAUCGUGUUCCUGGUGAGGACGAGCAAUGGGGUGAAGUGUGCCCUGAAGAGGAUGUAUGUCAAUAAUGAGUACGACCUGCAGGUCUGCAAGAGGGAGAUCCAGAUCAUGCGGGAUCUGUCUGGCCACAAGAACAUCGUGGGCUACAUCGACUCCAGCAUCAGCUCAGUCAGCAGUGGGGACGUGUGGGAGGUGCUGAUCCUCAUGGACUUCUGCCGGGGAGGCCAGGUGGUGAACCUGAUGAACCAGCGCCUGCAGAGCGGCUUCACCGAGAGCGAGGUCCUGCAGAUCUUCUGUGACACCUGCGAGGCCGUGGCCAGGCUGCACCAGUGCAAGACCCCCAUCAUCCACAGGGACCUGAAGGUUGAAAACAUCCUGCUGCAUGACCGUGGCCACUACGUCCUGUGUGACUUUGGGAGUGCUACCAACAAAUUCCAGAACCCUCAGACAGAGGGGGUGAAUGCAGUCGAGGAGGAGAUCAAGAAGUACACAACGUUGUCCUACAGAGCCCCAGAGAUGGUGAACCUGUACAGUGGCAAACUCAUCACUACAAAAGCAGACAUUUGGGCCCUGGGCUGUUUGCUGUACAAGCUGUGCUACUUCACCUUGCCCUUUGGGGAGAGCCAGGUGGCCAUUUGUGAUGGCAACUUCACCAUCCCAGACAACUCGCGGCACUCCCAGGACAUGCACUGCCUCAUCCGGUACAUGCUCGAGCCAGACCCUGACAAGAGACCUGACAUUUAUCAGGUCUCCUACUUUGCAUUCAAACUGGCCAAGAAGGACUGCCCAGUGCAGAAUGUCCAGAACUCUCCAAUCCCUGCUAAACUCCCAGACCCAGUUAAAGCAAGUGAAGCUGCUGCAAAGAAGAGUCAGCCAAAGGCCAGGCUCACAGACCCCAUCCCUACCACAGAAACGUCCAUAGCACCCCGCCAGAGACCUAAAGCAGGGCAGACCCAGCCCAACCCUGGGAUUCUGCCCAUCCAGCCAGCCCUGACGCCCAGGAAGAGAGCCACAGCCCAGGCAGCCAUUCAGCCCCAGGCUGCAGGCCCGGCUGCCCUGGGCAGUGCCCAGCCCUCGCUCCCUGCCAGCACCCCCCAGGCUAAAGCAGCCCCCCAGCAGCCUCCAGCCCAGCCCCAGGCACAGCCCCAGGUGCCCUCGACACAGCCCCAGGCCACCCCUCAGCAUCAGCAGCAGCAGCAGCUUUUCCUGAAGCAGCAGCUCCUGCAGCAGCAGCAGCAGCAGCAGCAGCAGCAGGCUGCCUUCUUCCAGCAGCAGCAGCAGCAGCAGCAGCAGAUGAUGCAGGCACAGCAGUUCCCAGUGAUGCAGCAAGGAGCGCCCGCGCAGCAGCAGCAGCUGAUGCAGAACUACUACCAGCAGCAGCAGCAGCAGCAGCAGCAGCUGCUGGCCCAGCAGGCAGCUAUGCAGCAGAAGACCACAGCAGCAGCAGCAGCAGCAGCAGCUCAGCAGAAGCAGCAGCCCCAGGCCCAGCCUGGCUCGGCACCGCCGGCACAGCCGCAGGAGCAGGGGGCCCAGGUGCAGGCUCAGAGGCAGCAGCAGCAGCAGCAGCAGGCUCAGGGGCAGAAGCUGGGCUCCCUGACACCGCCGUCCUCACCCAAGGCGCAGCGCGCGGGGCACCGCCGCAUCCUCAGCGACGUCACCCACAGCGCCGUGUUCGGCGUGCCCGCCAGCAAAUCCACCCAGCUGCUGCAGGCUGCAGCUGCUGAGGCCAGCCUCAACAAGUCCAAAUCUGCUUCCACCACGCCCUCGGGCUCGCCAAGGACCUCGCAGCAGAAUGUCUACAACCCCCCUGACGUGUCCACGUGGAACCCCUUCGAUGAUGACAACUUCUCCAAGCUGACAGCUGAGGAGCUGCUGAACAAGGACUUUGCAAAGCUGGGGGAUGGGAAAGCUCCAGAAAAGGCAGGCAGCUCCACAGAGAACCUGAUGCCAGGUUUCCAGCCCGCAGCCCCCGCGGACGCCUUCGGUGGCUCCUCCUUCCCUGCUGGGCCAGCUGAAAAAACGAAAGACAUUCUGGGCUUGGACUCUAGCCCUCCUCUCCUGACUGUGCCUGAUCCUUUCACUCCUCUCCCGUUAUCCGACACCCCAGAAAAACUGAUUGAGGGCCUCAAAUCUCCCGAGCCUGCGCUGCUGCUCCCUGAGCUGCUGCCUCUGGCUGACCCCUUCGGCAGCACGGCAGACCCUGCCAAUGGCCAAGCUGCCGUGGCUGUGGAGAGCCUGAUCCCGGGGCUGGAGGCCCCGCUGGCGCAGCGCCUCGUGUCCCACAGCGACUCCGUGGCCUCCAACAGGACAGACUCUCUCACUGGGGAAGACUCUCUGCUUGACUGUUCUCUGCUCUCUAACCCUGCUGCUGACCUCCUGGAUGAGUUUGCUCCUGUAGCUUUCACAGCUCAGCCUCACAAAGAAGAUACUAACCUGAUAUCAGGCUUUGAUGCUCCUGAGGGCUCUGAAAAAGUGACAGAAGAUGAGUUUGACCCAAUUCCAGUGUUGAUAUCCAAAAAUUCACAAGGUCUGCAGAGGGAUCCGGGCCGGUUCCCAGCCGUGGCUCUCGAGCUCUGUAAAGGAGAUGCUGGCACUGAUGGACUCACCUUGUACAAGGGUCAGCCCGAGGUGCUGGAGGUGAAAGUGCAGCACAACUCAGAGUCGGAGUACCUGGCCAGAGAUGGUCCUUCAAGCAACAGCUCCUUCUACAGCAGCGAAGGAGAGGGGACAGACCACGAGGGAGAUAUCCUGGACUGCAGCGGCUCCAGGCCUUUACUGAUGGAUUCGGAAGAGGAGGAGGAGACGUGCAGGUUGUGCCCAGGGUUCCUGCAGCCUGUGCCCAGGCACGAGGCCUCCAAAGAGGAUCCCCAGCCCCAGGCCAGGGCAGGGGAGCCGCUGUUCCCGGCCUUCCAGUCGCACCGCGGGGAGGUUUUUAACGAACCCGAUGUCUUUGCCACAGCUCCUUUCCGAAGCUCCAGGAAGGUCCCCGAUGAAGUGGAUGUCUUUACCAAAGCUCCUUUUAUCUGUAAGGGCACCGCAGCUCCGCGGCACCCAGAGGAAGCAGAUGUGUUUCUGAGAGCCCCUUUCACCAAGAAGAGAAGCGUGGAAGAGCUGACUUCCCACAAGGAGCCGUUCUCAGCGCCCGUUUUCCUGAGCCAAGGGGGCGAUGGCCGAGCUCAGCCGAUGUUCCCGGGCCUGGACCCCGCAGCACACGGCUCCGUGGCCUCGGUGAGAGCUCCACACCCUUCUGCUGGCUUUGCUCAGCCAGGCAACGUCCACCCCUGCUCCGUGAGAGCCGUGGAGGCCCAGGAGAGCAGCCCUGCCAAGGCAGCGCUGCCGGAGCAGGGCGACGCGCUGGGCUCCGUGGCCAGCAAGCCCUUCCGUCCGCAGUCCCUGUCCAAGUAUUCCCGGCACUACGGCCCCGAGGACGGGCUGGGGCUGGAGGCCCAGCCCAUAGCUGCUUACAAAGUGGUGUCUCAGACCAACAGGCAGGCCAUAGCGGGCUCUGUCCCUCUUGCCCCGCUGUCUGCCAGGACUACGGAGCUGCCCGGCGCGGAUCCCUUCGCCUCGGCGCCCUUCCCUUCCAAAGCAGCCAAGCAGAAGCCUUAACGUGCUGGGGGCUGUGCUGCCUGCAGGAGCACCUCGUGAGGACCUCAGACCUCUUAGCUGAACUGAAUGACAUAGCAAUAUAUACAUAUAUAUAUAUAAAGUAAUUAUUAUUUUUGGUCAGAACUCUAUUUGCAGUGAUAUAUAGUUGAACCAUUUAAGUUAUGUUUGUCCGAAUGCCUGGCUCUCAGGAUCCUCGUAUCCUUUCCAGUUGCUUCUCACCUUCCUCCUCUCACUGUCUUCUCUCCAUUUAUUUCUUUUUUUUAGAUGCUUUUCUCAAACCAACAGUAUUCCAUAUUUUCUGGUCCUGGGUGGAGAAAUGCACUACAAGAUGAAUUAAAAGGUUUAUUAAUUACAGAGCGAGUCAAGCAGGACUUGCUAAUGCUCUGGAAAGGACAUGAUUUCACAGGUUAAAGGGUUAUUGUGACUUUUGCUCUCAGAGAUAUUCCUGCUGCCCGGCAGCAGUGGCAGCCAUGGCUCUGGGUGUGCAGGUGGGUGCUGUGCCCACAGAGCCAGAGCCGUGCUGGGAUGUCUGGUGCCAGUCUGGGCAGUGCUGGUGGAGCAGAGCCAGGGCAGCAGCACAGCUUUGCUCGCCCAGGAUGGGAACACGAGGCAGUGCUGCUGCCCUGGGGCUGGAGGCAGGGAAGGUGUUGUGAAGCCAGUGAAGCAAUCAGGCUGUUACUGUUGCUGGAAAAUCAAAGGGUCGUGCAAACAAUCAGGCAGAGCUUUCACUUUUACACUUGUAUUUCCUGUCUGGUCUAUGCCAAAGUGUAGGACCUUGAAAUCUGCUUAUGGUGAAGGAGAAAUGUGUAUUUACAGUAUUAAAAGUAGACCUUAUGGGGACAUUUGUGAUGUAAACAGCUCCACAACUGUCCUGAUGUACCUCAUGUGGUGUGACUCAGCAGAGGCCACAGCGCCCUUAGACUGGUUUAUACUGGCAGAGAGCUCUGCUCAGAGUCAAGUCUGCCUAUUGCUUUCCUCUUGGUUAAGGAUGAACCUAAACCAAAUCCAUUUGCUCUCCUUCUGAAGGGUUGUUUUCUAUCCUGUUCCCAAGAGCAGGACUGUGAUGACUGAGGCAUGGGCUCAGCCUGGCAGAGAAACUGAGGCAUUUAUCAGGAAAGGCAAACUCUUUUUGUACCCUUCUACAAGAUACAGUAUUUCCUUAGAUGGUAGCUCUCACUACGUCACACACAUUGCCACUUCUGUAAGACCAAAUCAGCAAGUCAAAGGACUUGAUGACUGCAGUGGUUUUGGUUCACCAAUUUCACAUUUCCCCCACUCUGAGAUCUCCUAACCUAUGUGCUGAUGGGUGUGGUGGGCUUCAGUGCUGGUCAAACACCCAGUGCAUUCAUUUCCUGCUGUGAGCUUUUUCUAGGUGAGUGUGCAAUCCACUGAAAGGGCAUUGGACUGGGAUUAGGUCAUUCUGAACACAAUUCAAAAUUUAACACAUAUAUAUAUAAGGCUUCUGGCAGUCUUUUGUGGGGGUACACCCCAUCCCUACACUCCCCCUUUUUGGUUUUAACAAGAGGGACUGGAGUGCUUCUCCCACUCUGCUGGGAUGUUAAACUCAUCGGGCCUCACCCGGGGGAGCAGUGGCUUGCAAAGAAACCCCAACUGCUCUGUGUUCCUUUUCCCUUAAUUCAGUUCCCCCCAAAUCCCUCCAGCUGCAGGAGACGAGCCGAGUGUUGUGCUGGAUGUGGGGGUUGCCUGGAAGGGAGAGGGAAAAGCCUGGCCUGAGGUGCUGGAGCCUUGGGGUGGGAGGGAGAGCACUGGGAUGCAGGGAGGGAUUGGCUCCCACGAGUUGCUGGUGAGCAGAGACCAGCCGAGCCCAGGCCGGGGGGCUCCUGGAGCCGGGACCCUCCUGCCCUGCGUGGCUGAGCUCGGAGUUCAUAAAUAUUGGUGCAUAGUGGUGGUUGUGGGGCUCUCUGCCCUCCAUCACCAUCUCCUGAGAACAAAAUUACUGUAGAGAAGUUCCUGGGUUUCCCUUGAGAUGUUUCUUCAGCAAAGCUGAUGCUGUUAUUAUGUUUUGUUGUUUAGUUUUCUGUUUAAAUACACACCCGAAAGGUGGUUUUAGUUUUAAAUAUGUGUUCCCCCAAGUGGGUUGUUGCUGGAUAGAGUCAGUGAGAGACACAGAGAACAACUGUGACAGCAAACUGUGAAUUCAAGGACAGUGAGUGUGAGGGCCCGGGCAGCAGCCUGUGUCACAGGCACCCUGAGCCAGGAGCUGCCCCUGAGCUCUGGAAUCUGCUCAGAAGCUGCUGGAAGGGAGGCCAGGCCUUGGUGCUGUGGGAUGAACCCGUGCCACAGGGAGAUGCUUUGCUCCUGUGUGAGCCACGGGGGUUCAAGGUGUUACCUCUGCUCGCUGGAGCUUCUCCUUCCUUCUCUUCAUUUUUACUUGAAAAAUUGCUUCUGAAUAAUUCAGUGCAGCUUCUGUCAGCGCCGCGUGCAGGUGCCACAGAGCUGAUGCUGGAGGAACAUCAGCCUGUCCCUUCCUGCUGGGGGAAAGGGAAGGAGCCCUGGGCUGUGCAGGCUCCUCUCCAGCCCCGCUUGGCCCAGGGCAGGCUCAAUUUCCAGUUGGCAUUUUGGCAGCUUCUCUGUCCUUCAGGCACUUUACACGAAGAGCAGGCUAGCUGUGCCCCAGAGCUCAUGGUCCUGCCAGACACAUCCAGGGCUUAAACGGUUUUAAAUCUCUUCUGGGGGUGGAGGCAGCUCGUUUGUGUCUCUGCAUGUGACUCAUAAGGUAAUGGGACUUCUGGUUAUGGCCAGAGAACUCCAUUUCAAUGCUGUUACUCUAAUACCCUUCUCAUUUCCAGCUUGUGUUCCUCCUAAUCCUGCACCACCACUGCUGCAGCCUCAGCGUGAUGAGUUGUAAGUGGAAAUUUAAUUUCCAUACCAUCUGAAGCUUACUGUUUUAAUGAAUGUGGAAGAAUCAUGCUAAUUAUUUGCCACACAAUCAGUGAUCUUAAUGAAGUGAGACUUAUACAGACUCAAUGGGGUGUUUGGAAUCAGUUUUCUGAAAAGAACCACUGGUUUCACAUCUUUUGUGAUGCUGUAGUAAAAGGUGUUCACUGCCCUGGGUCGUCUGGUUAUCACCUCCCUGUGACAAUCCCGGAUUCCUGCUGGGAGAGGGACUGGCUCCUGGUUCUCACCCACUGAAUGCACUAAAGUCUGUUCAAAGUGAUUAAUCAGAGUUCCUGCGUGAGUAAAACAGGCAGGUGGCUCUGUGCUCACUGCCGUGACUGCUGGGGGGGACUGUCCCCGUGUCCCCUGUCCUGCCGCGACCCCGACCCCGUGUGACACAGCAGCAAAACCGGGCGAGAUCUGCUUGAUUGCUGAGCUCAAUCACUCCAAAGUGCUAAUCGGUUACUUUAACUCAGCUUCCACCAAAGACUCUUGUGUUGGGGAGUUAAACUUUUGUGGGUUUUUGUUUCUUUCCUCACAGUGUUAAAUCAAUGCCUUGGAGCACACUGGCAGACCCCCAAGCACUUUUACAGUAGUAUGGUGACACUGAAACCCUGCUCCAGCUCUGAAAGACAUUCCUGAAACCUGAUCAGCUGCAUUAGCGUUUCUAGAAAUAACCCCCAGCCUGUAGUUUCUGCUGUAGGUGGGUAGAUACCCUCACACACCCCAGAAGUCUCCCUCUGGAGCCAGAGGGAUAAGGUUGAUCAGCGCUCCUGAUCCCUCGCCUCCAAAGGGACGCGGUGGGAGGGCAGGGGGCUCGCUCUGGUGUGGGAUGCAGCAGGUGGAGCAUCCCAAACACCGAGUCUAGUGGUGGAGAAACUCCUUUGUGUCCAGGAGGAGCCGGAGCUGGGGCAGGCCGUGGUCCCCACAGUGACACACGGUGACUCGUGUCCCCCAGUCCCCUCUGCUCCCCCCAUGCCUGGCAGACCCCCGGGCUCAAAUUUUGCACUCCGUUUGGGAUCGUCUGUUCCUGGUAAUCAUGAAGAAAUGUUCCACUUGUAAACUUAUGUACAUUUUAUUAAAACUGUAUCUGAUGACAA